UGGACCACAAUAAUACUAUAAUCUCAUCAAAUACCACACUCACAUUUCUAACACUUCAACAUGGAGAGAAUACAAGAAGAUGUACCUUCUGAUGUCACUGAUGAUACUGAUUUUGAUGAUGAUGGGAGUGUUGAUAUCGUUUCUACAAACUGUGAUGAACAUAGGUCUAUAAGUGAUGUUGUUGAUAGUAGUAAUAAGUUCUCUAUUGAUAGUAUUUUGGGGAUUAAAAAAAAUAAAGACAGUUGUGAUGAGAAAGAAGAUUAUAAUGAUAAACAAAAGUGUUCAGUGACAAAAGUUAAAUGUUUUAAGCCGACUCCUAUUCCUGCGUCAAGAAAUACAGGUCUUUUAUACCAAUCAAUUAUUGAUCUUCAGAAACAUGACAGAACUGAUUCUGUUCCACCUGAUCCAGGAGUUAGGGAAUACCAUUCUCCAAAAAUAUCACCAAGCUGCUCUUCAGAGUCAUCAUUCGUUCAUUAUCAGUUACAGCAUACUGUUCCACAACCAUCACUUAUUUAUACCAAUUGGUUAGGAACACCAGAUGGCAAAUCUACUAGUCAUUUAUUUGGGUUACAAGCUCCAAAGCCUUCAAACAGACGGUCACGAAAACCUGGUUUGGACAGGAAACCUCGACAAGCCUACAGCGCUAAACAACUCGAGCGAUUAGAAACCGAAUUUAAAAUCGACAAAUAUCUAAGCGUUAGCAAAAGGAUGGAACUUAGUAAAGCUCUCAACCUUACUGAAGUACAAAUAAAAACAUGGUUUCAAAAUAGACGGACAAAAUGGAAAAAACAAUUGACUACGCGUUUAAAGAUGGCGCAACGACAAGGUCUAUUUCCUGCACAUUAUUUCGCUCCCGCUACAGUCAGUCAGCAGUAUCCUUCGAUUUUCACACCUUAUUAUUCUCCUAUUGGAUGUAUGUUCGGAGUUACACCGUUAGAGGAUACUGGGAGUGCUGUUACCGAAACAUCUUGAAGAUCAAUUUAAUAUGUGCACAAUUAGUAUUAGGUGUUAAAAUGUAUGAAUGCAAUCUUUCUAUACAAAUCGAAUAUCAACCAAAAAUAACUAUAACCUCUCUUCCCCUACAAGAGACUCUUCCUCAGAAAGUGGUGUUCGGCCUGAGUUAAAGUAUUUAAAUAUCUGGUACUCAGAUGGGGUGAACCAUUAAUAUUAAAUUAGACGCCACCAGCUUUUUAACGAACGACGUUAAAAAUGAAUAAAAAAUGCGGAAAAGCUGGAAACGCCUUAUUGAAUUGAAUUUAUAAAGAAAAUUAUACUAAAACUAUCACCGGACACGAUUAUCCAAAUUAAUCUUUAUUGCUGUGACAAUAAAAAAACGUUUCAGCAACAAAUAAAUUUAUUGAAAAAAAUUAUAAAUUCGUAUUAACUGCGUAUUCAAAAGAGCACAACGAAUAAAAACCAGUAAUAAAUUAAAAACAACUCAGAUUUAUCUAUACAUUAAAGAUAAGACUGGAACUUAUCUAUGGAAAUCAGGGAUGGUUGCAGCCCUCAACUGGAUUUCCAUAUGUUGGCCGGAGUUGUAAUGGUGCACCGCUUUUGGUUCAAACUCCAACCUGGAAGCUGUAGAAUAGCGGAUAUAAAGAGUGAUAUCACCAUAAAUUUACUAAAAUUUACCUUGAUUUAAUUUCUCGAAUGUGGGACAUCGAUAAAAAAUUAAUUCCUUCAAAAACUCGAACGUUAGAAUAAAUAAAUUCGAAGUGACUACUGUGUUACAAUACGUGAACAAAAGAAUAUUCAAAAUGUUUCAAUGUUCAAAGAACGUAACAAGCCGAAUGGAACAAAUUUCUAAACAUUUCAACGAAAUCAUUAGAUACAGCAAAUAAGUUUAUAUUUUAAUUUGAUAAAAAAUUACUGUAUUAAAAUCAUUUUGGAACACCUAAAGUGUUUCCCGAUCUAACUUAAUUUUUGCCAUUGUUGUCGUCUUUUGCAAUUAUUCCGACGUUCACUUUAUUGUUUAUCUAUCAUGAAAGGUUUGUAAACACCGAAACAAUAGUUAGGCGGUGCAAUAUCGGGCAAUACGGUGGGUGCAUUAAAACAUUCCAAACAAGAACAUAAAAUUUUCGGCAAUUUUAUUAGGUUAUCAAUUUAGACGUAUCCAAAUUCCAUCAAUAAAUAGUAUCAAUUGAAAAUCAACCAUUAUGAGACGUAAUACACAAGCUGUACCUGUCAGACCGAUGCUCCCAUACAGGAAUAACUUUUGAAGUUAAUUUAUUCUUGUUUUAUUGCAUUUAUGAUUGUAAAAUAUGAGAAGGCGAUGGUU